CUGGGAUACAUCGCUUCCUGAAGAUAUAAGCAACUCAUGGAGAAGAUGGCAAGGUGAGGUAAGAAGGGCAGCACAAGUUCGAAUUGGACGUCACUAUUUUCCCGGCUAUGACACAAAGCAGCUACAGCUGCACACAUUUGUAGAUGCCAGCGAGGCGGCAUAUGCCGCGGUGUGCUAUUGGAGAUACACAACGAGCGAUGGUAUCAGAACUGCUUUCGUAUGCGCAAAAACAAAAUGCGCGCCCAUAAGGGCAACAACAAUACCAAAGCUUGAUUUACAAGCAGCUGUUCUUGGUGCUCGUCUGGCUCAUAUGAUCCUCCAGGAACAUAGCGUUGCUGUUCACUCGUGCGUUUUCUGGAGCGAUUCCUCAACUGUCAUCAGCUGGAUCAAGUCUUCUCAACGCCGCUAUAAACCAUUUGUAGCACAUAGGAUAGCUGAGAUACUUGCUACGACCGAGCAAAAAACUUGGCGAUGGAUUUCAACUCGCGAAAAUGUGGCAGACGAAGCAACUCGGCGGACUCAAGACAUAGACUUAGCCCAGUCAGCACGUUGGUUUACAGGGCCUACGUUUCUAAGGCAGACAGAAAAUUUAUGGCCUUAAGCGACUGGUGUACUCAACGAUCAGGCAGAGAUGGCUGAAGUGAUUGCCGCAAGCUCCAUACAUUUAACUAUUUUUAGCGAUUUUAUCAUUUUUGAUCGCUUUUCGUCGUAUCUAAAACUGAAAAGGACUACUGCGUGGAUCUUUAGAUUUACGAACCGGGCUCGCCGAAGAUUAUAUGCAAAUGAAAAUUUUGGUCUAAAUAGUUGUGAGCUAGAUUCGGCAGAGAAGCUACUAUGCCGUCAAGCUCAAGCCGCUUUCUAUGCCUCAGAAAUACACAGCCUACGCGAGAAACAGAUGCUGCCUAAUGAUAGUACGAUUCGAGAUCUUUUGCCGUUUUUGGAUGGCGAUGAAGUCAUGCGAGUAGGUGGAAGAAUAGAAGCCGCAAGUCAUCUUCCGUUUGAAGCGAUUCAUCCGAUUAUUUUGCCGACACGCCAUCGAGUUACUGCACUCAUUGUCGCCUAUUACCAUCAGCGUAUGAAGCACCAAAAUACUGAAGCAACCAUUGGUGAAAUAAGACAAAAAUUUUGGGUUACUAAGCUGAGACAGGUUCUACGAGGCGUGAUCGCAAAUUG